AUGUCCUUCGCCAGUAGUCGGCGACCCUUCCAAAGGGGCGUCUCUCAGUCGACGGAGCGGAGCGUGUGUCCUUCGGCAGUAGUUGGCAAUGAACGCAUCCCCUCAGCCGACAACAUUCCCAAGGAGCGUCUCUCAGCCGACAACAUUCCCAAGGAGCGUCUCUCGGCCGACAACAUUCCCAAGGAGCGUCUCUCAGCCGACAACAUUCCCAAGGAGCGUCUCUCGGCCGACAACAUUCCCAAGGAGCGUCUCUCAGCCGACAGCAUUCCCAAGGAGCGUCUCUCGGCCGACAACAUUCCCAAGGAGCGUCUCUCGGCCGACAGUCCUGAGAGAGCGUCUCUCAGUGGACAGCCCUUCCCCACGAGCGUCUCUCAGCCGACAGCUCUUCCAAAGGAGCGUCUCUCAGCCGUCAGCUCUUCCGAGAAAGACGGCUCGCGGUGA